AUGGUGCGUGCCCACGGAACAUCGCGCCGUAGCCGGUGCAGCUGUGGAGUAGCCCUGCUGCUGCUAGCACAGUGUGCUUGGCCCGUGAGUUUCGUGGGCCGCACGGGUCUUCGAGCAACCGCAGGCGCCACAGCGAGUGCAGAUGUCACCUAUAAGGAGGAGCUACAGAGCCUCUGUGAGGAGUUUCGAAGCAAACAGGAGGAGAUGUGGGAGAUGAUGGACGAGCAGGAGAAGUCCGAGAAGAAGUCUGGCAAACGCAAAGCCAAGUCCAAAGCAUCCCUUCUGCAGGCGGAGAGCUUCGCAGCGCAGCGGGUUCAGCUUGGCGAUGAGCUUGAUGCCUUACGGAAUAGCACUAUCGAGGCGAUCGAGCGCGUAGCCGCCAAGAAUCCUACCAGCGCCCCUUUGAAAGGCUGGAGGGGCUAUGGCGGUGAGGAUCCGAAGAAUUGCAUCCUGAACGGGACCUGGAAGUUGAUCUUCACAGAUGCCGCAGAUGCGACGUUCAAGAAGAGCAAGCGCGGGUCAGCCAAGACCUUCCAGGAGAUCGAUGCCAAGGAGGGUUGGUUCAUCAACUGCGUCGACUUCUCCAACCCCGAUAGCAAGCUCCAAGGCUUCCGCGUUUUCGUGGAGGGGAAGGCCUUGAAUGACUCCGAAGUCGAGCUGAUCUUCAGGAAGGUCCGGCUCUUGAGGCGUUCACGCUUCUUUCCUGAGAUCACCAUCCCCCUUCCAGGCCAGGAACAUGCCACCUCCACAGCUUCAGAGUGUUCUACGUCGUACCGGUGUAUCGUUCGGUGUGGUACGUGGUGUUCUGCGUGUCUAUGCUGCAGGUGCACAGUCGCAGUGCGGUCUAUUCGCUGUAGCACUCGAGCAUAUGUAUCUGUGCAUCCUGUUAACCAUGCAAAGAUGCACAGAUCUUUGCACGCUCGAAGCGUUACAACAAUACGCGCUGCAGCGGCUUCAGAGGCUUAUAACCCAUACAAUGCUAGUACAACUAGAGUCAGGCUUGUUUGUAGUGUUUAUCAAACACUACAAGAACCUGAACUCCGUUGCUCCCCUCGCAUAUAA